UUUUAAAUGGAAUCAAUCCCUGAAGACCACAUUUGCCCUAUCUGCUCUGAAGUCCUGAUCUAUCCAGUCAGUACAAAGUGCAAGCAUAUAUACUGAAGCAAGUGAAUUCAUACACAUCUUGAGCAAGAAGAGGAGAAGUCAUGUCCUGUGUGAAGAACUGAGUUAGUCAUGGAGAAAUUUAAUCCACCUGUGAUUAAGAAGUUAUGGGAGAUUAUUCAAGAGAAGUAUCCUGAAAAUGUUGAAUCAAGAAAAGGAAUACAUUAUACCUAUUUAGCAGAACUUAGAAGGCUCAAAGAGAUCAGGAACAGCAUUAAGAUUCAUUUUGACUAUGGUUAUACUCUACACACUCCCAAUGUCACUGGUAAAAGCAUCUUCGAAAGAGAAGCUAGACUAUACAUUUGUCUAAAAGACUCGAAAAUUAAUGAAAAUUCACUAAUCCAAAACAUCUAUUUCAAGAUUGAUGAUCCUCCUCGUACUCGUCAAAUGAAAUAUGCUCCAUUCACAACCACUAUCAAAAAAGCCUAUUCUCAAUUUCCUGAAUACACUUACUAUGGUAAGCCUAUUUCCUUUAUCUUUAGGGCUUAUUCCUGUUCAUAUUACAGUUACAUGGCAACGCUGGACUAAAUUGCCUCCUUCUACGUACACUUUCAAUUUGAAUUUUUCAGCUCAGAAAAACUUUCAAAGAUCCGAUUUCAUCUAUAUACACAAGACCCUGGCAAAGAACAUCAUUGAGAAAAAAGAUUAGUAACUUGCUGUGACACUUUUAAGCAAGAAUUAAUCAUGAAUCUAUAAUGAGGAAGUUUAUUUGAACCUAAUAAAAUUUAGAAAAGUUAAUUGCCAAUCCAUAUUGAUUAUUUAGGCUAAAUUCUCCUAAACGAACAUAAUGUCUAUUUCACCUGUAUUUAUGAAUUAUU